CUCACGCAGAAGGCGGUGCUUCGUGUCCAACAUGGCGGUCUAGUUGUGUUUCCCUGGCCUGUCGGAGGAGAACCAUAGCGAGAGCUCACUUUCCAUUCCUUUGGUUUUGUUUUUUUUCCAAACCUGGUAGAAGAAACACCCGCGGGACAACAUGGACAUGAAAAAGCGAGUGAGCUUGGAGCUGAGGGACAGAAGUCCGGCUGAGGUGUCCAUGCUAGCAGUGGACAAGUGUCUUUCCAGCGACGGCGAGGUCCAAGGGGUGACGGAGGAGUUCAAGGGUCUGGAGGUGCUCAGGAUGGUCAACGUAGGCCUCACCUCGCUCUCCAAACUGCCAUCACUCCCUAAGCUACAGAAGCUGGAAGUGAGCGACAACGCUAUCUGUGGCGGCUUGGACACGCUGGCGGAGAAGUGUCCCGACCUGGUCUCCAUCAACCUGAGCGGGAACAAGAUCCGUGAGCUCAGCUCCGUCGAGGCUCUGAAGAACCUGAAGUACCUGAAGACUUUGGACUUGUUCGGCUGCGAGGUGACCACGCUGGACGACUACAGGGACACCGUCUUCCGCCUCCUGCCCAACGUCACGUACUUGGACGGCUACGAUCGGCAAGACAACGAGGCGCCCGACUCUGAUGACGACCCGGACGACGGCGCCGGCCCGCACGGGGACGACGAAGACGAGGACGAUGAGGAUGACGACGGCUCGGAAGAAGACGAGGACGGCGAAGAGGUGGGGCUGUCCUACCUGAUGAAGGAGGGAAUCCAGGACGAGGAAGAUGACGGAGACUACGUCGAGGAAGAGGAGGACGACGAGGACGAAGAUGGAGAUGAGGAGGCGGUCCAAGGCGAGAAGAGGAAGAGGGACAACAACAACGACGAUGACGACGGCGACGAUGACGACGACUAGUCGAGGAGCACCAGACGCCACGCCCACCAUUUGGUAGCCCCGCCCGCUUAGAGGGACAGUGAUCAGCUGGUCCUGGUCUGUGUGGGUCCUGGUCCUGGUCUGUAAAUAGAACUUUGAAACUUCGCCCCGUUCAUUUUUUUUUAAAAAUGUUAAUUUUACGGCGCCACCAUUUGACCAUGUGAAAUUGCUUUUUCGAAUAAAUCUGAGAGAAUAUA